CUGCAGGACACCACUGCGUCAGCAACAGCUGUCCUGCAGCAGCGCACUGGCUGACAGAAGGGAGAAUUACGUCCCCAGUGGAAGGCUUCACGGAAGACGUGAUUUUUUUCCCUUCUAAAUUGCUUGGAUUCUGUGGAAAUAUUUGCUUUACAGUGCAAGCUCCUUUUAGGGAAACCCCGGUGUGGUGGUGUUCCUUCGCGAUGCGAAGAUGGCGCCCCUGCUCCCUCCCCGAGGCACCAAUGCGUUCCGCCCCUUUACCCGGGAAUUGCUGGCGGAGGCCGAGAGGCUCAAGGAGGAAAGACAAAAGGCUGAUGUAGAAGGCCAUGAUGAGGAAGAGCCAACGGCCCCAAACGCUGAUCUGGAGGCAGGCAAGAGUCUGCCCAUGAUCUUCGGAGACCCUCCAUCAGAGCUGCUCAACACACCUCUGGAGGACCUGGACCCCUUCUACAAAGCACAAAACGCAACAUUCAUUGUGAUCACCAAAGGAAACACAAUCUACAGGUUCAACGCUGAGCCGGCUUGCUACAUUCUGAGCCCCUUUAGUUUGGUUAGAAGAGGAGCCAUCAAAAUUCUCAUACAUUCAUUAUUUAGCAUGUUCAUCAUGCUUACGAUUGUAUUGAAUUGUGCAUUCAUGACGUUGAGCAACCCACCAGCAUGGAGUAAAACUGUUGAGUAUGUUUUUACUGGAAUCUAUACCUUUGAGGCAACAAUCAAAGUGUUGGGAAGAGGUUUCUGUGCUGGAUCUUUUACAUUCCUUCGAGAUCCAUGGAAUUGGCUGGAUUUCAUGGUGAUCAGCAUGGCAUAUGUCACUGAGUUUGUUGACCUCGGCAACGUGUCCGCACUCAGGACAUUUCGUGUACUUCGAGCCCUUAAAACAAUUACUGUGAUUCCUGGUUUGAAAACCAUUGUGGCCGCUUUGAUCCAGUCAGUGAAGAAAAUGGUGGACGUCAUGAUUCUGACAGUCUUUGCCCUUGCUGUUUUUGCCCUCAUUGGCCUUCAACUCUUUAUGGGAAAUCUGCGUCAGAAAUGUGUGCGAUGGCCCAUCGAAACAAAUGAAACUGCAUAUGAUUUUUUUAACACCACUGCUCAAUUUAAUGACACCAUGUUCUUCAAUAACACCGUGGGCGUCAACAAUACAUCAUAUUACAACAGCACCUUCAACUUUAAUGAGUACAUUGAAAACACAGAUAAUCAGUAUUAUUUGGAAGGCAGCCUAGAUGCUCUACUUUGUGGAAACAGCUCAGAUGCUGGAAAGUGCCCAGAAGGAUACACAUGCAUGAAAGCUGGGCGGAACCCUAACUAUGGCUACACCAGUUUUGACUCGUUUGGCUGGGCCUUCCUGGCCCUCUUCAGACUCAUGACCCAGGACUACUGGGAGAACCUUUUCCAGCUGAUCCUGCGGGCGGCUGGGAAGACAUACAUGCUGUUCUUUGUGGUGAUUAUCUUUCUGGGCUCCUUCUACCUCAUCAACCUCAUCCUGGCUGUGGUAGCCAUGGCUUAUGAAGAACAGAAUCAGGCAACUCAGCGAGAGGCCAUCGAGAAAGAGGAAGAGUUCCAGCGGCUACUCGAGCAAAUCAGGAAUCAGGAAGAGCAGGCUAUGGGUCUAGGAAGCCAAGUCAGUUUAACUAGUAAGAAGUCACUCAGUCAUCACACCAUAUCUGAAGUGGCAGAUGACGAACAAAUCCUUGAACAUGAUGAAAUUAUCAAGGAUUGUAGCGGGAGAAUCAUUCCCCGUCUGUUGGUCCGAGCACCCACUUUGGUCAAGUGUGCUUCUGUUUAUGAGCUCGAAGAGAAGUCAUUAGGCUCUGAUCACAGCAUGCUUCGUCUGGAAGAGCCACGCCUGACACAGAGGGCUGCUAGCACUCUGAGUGUGCUCACUGCAGCUGCUAUGGAAGAGUUGGAGGAGGCUCAGAGGCCGUGCCCACCCGGCUGGUACAAGUUUGCAGACACUUUCCUGAAGUGGGACUGCUCCCCGCGAUGGAUUCUUAUGAAAAAAUGGGUUCUCUUUAUUGUGAUGGACCCUUUUGUUGACUUGGGCAUUACCAUCUGCAUUGUGCUCAACACCCUCUUCAUGGCCAUGGAGCACUACCCUAUGACCCCACAGUUUGACCACAUGCUCUCAGUGGGGAAUCUGGUUUUCACUGGGAUCUUCACAGCGGAGAUGUUCUUCAAGCUCAUCGCCAUGGAUCCUUACUACUACUUUCAAGUUGGCUGGAAUAUUUUUGACAGCAUCAUCGUCACUUUUAGUCUGGUGGAGUUAGGGCUUGCGAAUGUCCAAGGUCUGUCUGUCCUCAGGUCCUUCCGUCUGCUUCGUGUCUUCAAACUAGCAAAGUCCUGGCCCACCCUCAACAUGCUGAUCAAGAUUAUUGGUAACUCAGUGGGAGCUUUAGGAAAUCUGACUUUGGUGCUGGCCAUCAUCGUCUUCAUCUUUGCCGUGGUGGGUAUGCAGCUCUUUGGCAAAAACUACAAGGAAUGUGUGUGCAAGAUCUCCACAGAGUGCGAGCUGCCACGCUGGCACAUGAACGACUUCUUCCACUCAUUCCUCAUCGUGUUCCGCAUCCUGUGCGGGGAGUGGAUCGAGACCAUGUGGGACUGCAUGGAGGUGGCCGGAACUGGGAUGUGUUUAGUCGUCUUCAUGAUGGUCAUGGUCAUUGGAAAUCUAGUGGUGCUGAACCUCUUCCUGGCCUUACUGCUCAGCUCAUUCAGCGGAGACAAUCUCUCAACAGACGAAGACGGAGAGAUGAACAAUCUCCAGAUCGCCAUUGGCAGGAUCACACGAGGCAUUGACUGGUUCAAAGCGUUCCUCGUUCGAUCCAUCCUGCAGAUUAUCAAUAAAAAGCCCAAGGACAAUGAGGAUGGUCCGAAUGAAGACGAGGACCCUAAAACUGAGGGAAUUGAAAUUAACCACUUUGACUCCAGUCAACAUUUCAAAAUGGCUGAUGGGAUACCUAAUUGUUUGGUUGAAUGCGGGCCUUCUGGAUUAAUUGUGGAUGGAGGCUUCAGUCUAAAUGUGCCAAUUGCUCAGGGAGAGUCAGACUUUGAAAACAUGGAUGAGGAUGAUACUGAUGAUGUUGAUGAUACUGAUGAUGUUGAUGAUGCUGAUGACUCAAAGUUUUCAGAUGAAGAACAUAAUCCACAUUAUUCGGAAAAAUAUAAAGAUGUUCAUUGUUUACUGGGAAAUAUCAAACUGAUGGGUGCUUUGAAUGAUGGGGAUUCCUCAGUGUGUAGCACAGUGGACUAUCAACCACCUGAGCCUGAGCCAGAAGAAGUGGAAGAGGAAGAACCAGACCCCGUCGAGCCGGAAGCCUGCUUCACUGACAGCUGUAUUAAGCGCUGGCCAUGUCUGACUGUGGACAUAACCCAGGGUAGAGGCAAAAAAUGGUGGAACCUCAGGAGGGCUUGCUUUACUAUUGUGGAGCAUGACUGGUUUGAAACCUUUAUAAUCUUCAUGAUCCUCUUGAGCAGCGGGGCUUUGGCAUUUGAAGACAUAUACAUAGAAAGACGCCGCACCAUCAAAAUUAUUCUGGAGUAUGCUGACAAAAUUUUCACCUACGUCUUUAUCAUCGAGAUGCUCCUUAAAUGGGUCGCGUACGGCUUUAAGACCUACUUCACCAACGCCUGGUGUUGGUUAGACUUUUUCAUUGUAGAUAUUUCCCUGAUUAGUUUAGCUGCCAGCUUUAUGGGAUUCUCUGACCUUGGACCAAUCAAAUCCCUCCGGACUCUCAGGGCCCUAAGGCCUCUUCGAGCGCUGUCAAGAUUUGAAGGCAUGAGGGUGGUGGUGAACGCUCUCGUUGGUGCUAUUCCCUCCAUCUUCAACGUGCUGCUGGUGUGUCUGAUCUUCUGGCUCAUAUUCAGCAUCAUGGGAGUUAACCUGUUUGCUGGGAAGUUUUACCGCUGCAUUAAUACCACCACGUCUGAACUUUUCCCCAUGUGGGAGGUCAAUAACCAUAGCGACUGCUUGCUCCUCCAAGAGGCAACGCAGGAGGCCCGCUGGGUCAAUGUCAAGGUCAACUAUGACAAUGUGGGACAAGGCUACCUGUCACUGCUUCAAGUGUCAACUUUUAAAGGCUGGAUGGACAUCAUGUAUGCUGCUGUUGACUCAAGAGAGGUAGAGGAGCAGCCUUCUUAUGAGAUCAACCUCUACAUGUACAUUUACUUUGUCAUCUUCAUCAUCUUUGGCUCUUUCUUCACACUCAACCUCUUUAUUGGUGUCAUUAUUGACAAUUUCAACCAACAAAAGAAAAAGUUUGGAGAUAAAGACAUCUUUCUGACUGAGGAGCAAAAAAAGUACUAUGAGGCCAUGAAGAAACUUGGUUCCAAGAAACCGCAGAAGCCAAUUCCACGUCCAACGAACCCAAUCCAGGGAUUGGUGUUUGACUUCAUUAGCCAGCAAUUCUUUGACAUCUUCAUCAUGGUGCUCAUCUGCCUCAACAUGGUGACGAUGAUGGUGGAGACGGACAAUCAAAGUGCAGAGAAGGAAGAUUUCCUUUUUAAAGUAAACGUGGCUUUCAUUGUUGUGUUCACCGGAGAGUGUUCGUUGAAGCUCAUUGCCCUGCGACAAUACUUCUUCACAAACGGAUGGAACGUUUUUGACUUUGUUGUGGUCAUCUUGUCAAUAGCCGGUACAAUGCUCUCCGACAUCAUUGAGAAGUAUUUUGUGUCACCAACUCUGUUCAGAGUCAUCAGACUGGCCAGAAUAGGCAGGAUUCUGCGUCUUAUCAAAGGAGCCAAGGGCAUUCGGACGCUUCUCUUUGCCCUAAUGAUGUCACUUCCCGCCCUAUUCAACAUUGGCCUCUUGCUCUUCCUCAUUAUGUUCAUCUUCUCCAUAUUUGGCAUGUCAAACUUUGCCUAUGUCAAAAAGGAAGCUGGAAUCGACGAUAUAUUUAAUUUUGAGACGUUUGGUGGCAGUAUUAUCUGCUUGUUUGAGAUCACGACCUCUGCCGGCUGGGAUGGACUUUUACUUCCAAUGCUGGAUAAGGAGUUCCCAGAUUGCGAUCCAAAUUUUGAGAACCCAGGCACGGAUGUAAAGGGCAACUGCGGCAAUCCGCUCAUGAGCAUGGCAUUCUUCUGCAGCUACAUCAUCGUCUCAUUCUUAGUGGUAGUAAACAUGUACAUCGCCAUCAUCUUGGAGAACUUCAACGUGGCACAGGAGGAGAGCGGAGAUGCGCUCUGUGAGGACGAUUUUGAGAUGUUCAAUGAAACUUGGGAAAAGUUUGACUUGGACGGAACUCAGUUCAUUGAGUAUAGCCAGCUCUCAGAUUUCUGUGAUACCUUGCAGCCGCCACUGAAGGUUGCCAAGCCCAACCGAAUUCCCUUAAUGGCAAUGGAUCUGCCCCUGGUCAUCGGGGACAGGAUCCACUGCCUGGAUGUCCUGAUGGCCGUCACACAGAUGGUCUUAGGAGACACGCUGGAGAUGGCGGCGAUGCGGGAAAGCAUUGAGGCCAAGUUCGUCCUCAGCAACCCAACCUCAGACUCCUUUGCGCCAAUUACCACAACGGUGCGCCACAAAGAAGAGGAGAUGGCCGCUAUGGUCGUUCAGAGGGCUUACCGCAAACACCUGCUGAAACGCUGCACGCGCCAUGCCGCUUUUAUGCAGCGAUGUAAGAGGAAGGGUCAAAAGGACGAAGGUGACGAUCCUCCAGAGAAAGAGGGAAUGCUCGCACGAAGGAUGGGGGUGCUCUAUGGUAGCAAAUUGGACCUUGCAGAGGAGAUGGAGCAGGCUGAUAUAGAAACUCUAGCAAACCAACAGCCUUCUAAUCCAGAGACACUUUCAGAUGACACAGAGUCCAAAAGUGACACAGAAUCCCCCGAGCCAAAUGUAAUUGUUGUACCUGUAGAAAUAACAAAUGAGGUUUUAUUACAUUCUGCCCCUGACCCAUACCUCUUUUACCUACAUGCAAAUCUGAAAGAGACAAUUGUAUGACAGAAGACAAUUUAUAUGUCCUCCUCCUGUUUUUCCGCAACCAAGAAAGGUGUGUCACUAGUUGAAUUUUCCACAUAAGAUGUUACACAGUGCUAAUGAAUCUUUAAACAUGCUUAUGCAUCUUAAACAUUAAUUAGCAUUUUAUAAUUGGAACUAACAAACAAUCCCUGUUCUUAAAACAAUAUGCUGGUGUCUUAUUGGGUUAAAGAUGCAACUGGAGUACAUGGAUUCUUUUGAUAAUAGACCAUAAAGCUAUUAGCAAAUUUAACCACAAUCCAUUGGUGCCCAAAAACCAUUUAGUAUGAUUGAGAAAAAAAAGAAAAGUGUUCUGAUUUGUCUAAAAAGUCUUAAAAGCUAUACUGUACUGGCAGUACAUAUUACACAGUACAUGACAAAUCUUACUUGUGUUUAAAUUCACAACUUUUAGACACAUUUACAAAAAUGCUCACCCAAGACUGGUAUAACAAGAAAAGCUGUCUUUUUAGCCAAAAAUGUGAUGUUCUCUGUAGGUAGGAAUUAACAAAAAGUUCAGUUGCAUGCACAAAUGGAUUAUCGCUCAAUCAGAAGAAUACCUAUUCAUUAGCUAAAUUACUCAAAAUAUCCAAAAUCAAGCAAAAUUCCUAUUUAAUUUAAGUCACUUUUAUGUGGAAUCUCAACAAUGUGAUAGCCCAACAUGCUUAUUCUUUCAAUUAAACAUUGAGUUAGUUUUGUACAUAUAACUAAAAGAUAAGGCUUAUCUUGAUCACAUUUAUCCCAGUUAUACUUUAUAAGUUAACAAUAACAUGAGUCGGCUAAUGCGUUUAACAGGCCCAGUUUAUAUUGCACUAUUUAUAUCCCUUCCAGGUCAAGUUAGAGCAGUUUUAAGACCUUCCUGUUUUCUAAGAUAAUUUCCUCCCUGAUUUAUGCAUGUCAUAUCAACGUUUGUCCAUUCUUUUGUUGUUCCCCUCAAAUAGAUCUCAACCAGUGAAACAAGCCGCUUGUUUUCCGUUUAGGUAUUAAUACACUUUGACACUUAACGUAAGAUGUUGUGUUUACAUGAACGGCUUCCUGUUGAGCUAUAUCUUUCUUUUAUAGAAGAAUAAUUCUAGCAACAGUAUACAUUUUAAAUUAAGGUUUGCCUCAGGUUGGAUGAAGUUAGACCUGAUGUUAAAUGAUUUUAUGAAACAAAGCUGAGUGUUGGUUCAGUUGAAUACACAACUCUGAAUUUAUUGGAAUACCCAUCACACCUAUUUGCAUAUUUACCCAAAGAAUCUGGACGAUAUGUCCUUGAAGUCCGUCCCAGCGUGGAAAGAAUGCUUCACUUGCUGUUGUGUAAGUCUUAACCUAAUCUAAAACGUCUUACUCUGAAUAUACAUGAUCAACAAAAGCACUUUUACAGUUUUCUAGUUUGUUUUUUUACAAUAGACUUUAGCAGGUUGUCUCUUCUCCUGUUUAUGUGUUCAUCACUGUUUUAACAUCAACCCUGGGGGGUUAAUAAAUCAUGAAGUCUCCUCUGAUGGUACGGUACAAUUCACAACCCAGUAUCCUCCUUUUGUUUACACUUCUAAUGGAGGCAGAGAGUUACUGUUACACCCACAGUCAGUGUUGCCUGUAUAUACAUUGUUUUCUUUAUUGUAUAUUUAUAUCAUUUUGUUAUUUUGAAAAAUGUUACUAUAAUGUGAAAAUAAAAUACUUCUUAUAGGGAAAA